AUGAAUCCCAACAACCAGCAGCAGUCCAACCGACUGCAACUCAACUUUGGUUUCCAAGGAGUCCAGAACUUCGGCGCUGACCAGGGCCGCGCCUAUCCCACCACCCCCUCGACCUUCCCGCAACCCUUUCCUAAUCCUCAGGGACAACAAGAGGUAUGGGGCACCGCACAACCCGGCAUGAACAGUGGCUUCACCAACCAAGGCUACUUUGCAAACAACCCCUACACCUCGGCCGUCCAGCAACAACAGACCAACCUGCAUGCCCAGCAAGGCUACAGACCUCAGCCAAAUCAAGCACAGCAGCCACAGCAGCAGCAAUAUCACGAUGCUGCUACAAACGGCCUUGUACACCAGUUCUCCAACCAGAAUCUUGGCGGUCCACCUCGCGCCCAGAGCCCGUACGCUCGUCAAGUUUCUCCUAAUCCCAACCCCAACCGACCACGUACCGCCAAUUCGACCCAUCAACAACAGCAACACUAUUCGGGACCAUCUUUGUCCGAUGAAGAACCCCCGCCGAAGAACCCAGAGCGCUUCUCCACCAGCAUUGGUAACCGUGCCAAGUUGCAGACGGAGCUCGUCAGCACUUUCUUCCGCGACAGUGUAGAGCGAGCUCGCGACCGAAAUGCUCGCGCCCAAGAGCUCGAGACAAUCAUGAAGGAUGCCACAGUAUCAGACUCCCGCAAACAACAGAAGACGACUAGUAUGCGUCGCUCCGAAGCAAACUUCCUCCGUUUUCUUCGUACCAGCGAGAGACCUCAGAACUACUCGACACUCAAGAUCAUUGGAAAGGGAGCCUUUGGCGAAGUCAAGCUCGUGCAGCGCAAGCAUGAUGGCAAGAUCUACGCUCUCAAGUCGCUUGUUAAGGCUGAAAUGUUCAAGAAAGAUCAACUCGCUCACGUGCGUGCCGAACGUGACAUUCUUGCAAACGCCGACAGUCCCUGGCUCGUCAAGCUGCAUACCUCGUUCCAGGACUCGACCUUCCUUUACAUGCUCAUGGAGUUCUUGCCUGGCGGUGAUCUCAUGACAAUGCUGAUCAAGUACGAGAUUUUCUCGGAAGACAUUACUCGUUUCUACAUGGCCGAGAUCACACUGGCUCUGGAAGCCGUACAUAAAUUAGGCUUCAUUCAUCGUGAUAUCAAGCCUGACAACAUCUUGCUCGACCGAGGUGGUCACAUCAAGCUCACUGACUUUGGUCUUUCGACCGGCUUCCACAAGGAACACAACGCCUCAUACUAUCAACAACUCAUGUCAAACGCCCGCUCACGUGCGACGGCAGCCAAUCGCCAGUCCGUCUCACUCGACCAGAUUCAGUUGACUGUGAGCAACCGGCACCAAGUAAACACCUGGCGCAAGUCUCGUCGCCAGCUCGCAUACUCGACCGUUGGAACUCCUGAUUACAUUGCUCCCGAGAUUUUCAGCGGCAAAGGUUAUGACUACCGUUGCGACUGGUGGAGUGUAGGCACUAUUAUGUUCGAAUGUCUUAUUGGAUGGCCUCCAUUCUGUGCAGAGGAACCUCACGAUACAUACCGCAAGAUUGUCGACUGGCCAAGAAACUUGCACUUCCCUCCUGACCAACAGAUUGGUGCUGAGGCAGAACACUUCAUCCGCAGUCUGAUCUGUGAUGCCGACAAUCGCCUCGGUCGCCUCGGAGGUGCCACUGAGAUCAAGCAGCACCCCUUCUUCCGAGGCGUGGUCUGGGACCAACUUCGUCGCAUCCGUGCUCCAUUCGAGCCCAAGCUCUCAUCGGCUAUCGACACACAGAACUUCCCUAUCGACGAGAUUCCGCAGACGGACAACAGCGCUGCGCUUCGUGCUCAGAAUGAGGCAAUGGGUGGAGAGGAAGCCAGCAUGAGCUUGCCCUUCAUUGGUUACACGUACAAGCGUUUCGAUGCUUUCCGUGGUAGUUGA